UUUGGCGACCACAUGCGCUCUCCCUGCGCGUGCCCUCCACUCCUCGCCGGCUCUAAUGUUUCUUAUGCUUGGACGGAAUUCCAUAACGUUUAGUUUACCAAUCUCUCUCUCUCUCUCUACCAAUGCAGAAGCCAACACCAGAACGAACACACACAAACACAAGAGCUUGGAAUCCUCACCCAUCUCCUAUGCAUCAAUUGUCUUUAUUGAGCCUGAGCCUAAUUAUAUUGUAGCGUCAACCCCUCUCUCUCCCUCAUUGGUCAAAUCCUAGCUCGAUGUGCCCUAGAUCUCACACACAUAUACUAUAAUUAUAUAUACGCAGACGUACAUACACAUUCAUACAAUACACAUCAUUCUGCUCCACGAUUCAAUUCUUCGCAUCUCUUCCCUCCUCUUCUUCUUCUUCAGACUCUUGAUGCAGGCUCGGCUUUAGGCGGUUUAUGUGAUCUUACUUUGGUGCAUUUCGUGUUUAAGGCGAGCAGUGGAACACGAUCGAGUAUUGUUGUAGAAUUGGCAUACAAUGAUGCAUCAUUUCUAGAUGAAGUCAACUCAGGGCUGGCGUAUGGGCACAAAAGAAUCACCUAUGUUGCUUAUGGCUCGCCCUCGCAGCCAUUUAAAGAAGCCGACAUGGAUUAUUGUAUUGGUCUCAUUAGUCAGCUUCUUCGUAAUCUGUUCAUAUAUUUAUCCCCCUCAGAAUUUCGCAGCAUGUUAUAUAUUCUCAUAUAAUGGUUGCGAGGCAUUGCAAAAUUGGCUUCCUCCUGCACUUACCAGAGGACUGACUGAUGAUGAAUUUGCUUCUCGAGUUGUAAUUAAAGAUCUCCUUAGUAGGCCUUCUGUUAUAUCCUUGAACCCCAAAAUUGCCUUCUUAUUUUUGACACCCGGUGCUUUACCGUUUGAGAAGUUAUGGGACAAAUUUUUCCAGGGUAAUGAAGGAAGAUUUUCUGUGUAUGUGCAUGCAUCCAAGGAUAAACCUGUUCAUUUUAGCCGUUAUUUUGUCAAUCGAGAAAUUCGUAGUGACACGGUAGAGUGGGGGAAAAUUUCAAUGGUUGAUGCUGAAAGACGGCUUCUAGCCAAUGCACUAAAAGAUCCAGACAACCAGCAAUUCGUACUGCUUUCUGACAGCUGCAUACCACUUCGUAGUUUUGAUUUUGUGUACGAUUAUCUCAUGCAGACAAAUGUUAGCUUUGUAGAUUGCUAUGAGGAUCCUGGUCCUCAUGGAACUGGCAGGUACAUUAAAUAUAUGCUACCUGAAGUAGAGAAGAAAGACUUUCGGAAAGGAUCCCAGUGGUUCACAAUGAAGCGGCAGCAUGCUAUUAUAAUCAUGGCUGACAGUCUCUACUUUAGGAAAUUCAGGGAGCAUUGCAAGCCUGGCAUGGAAGGAGGACGCAACUGCUACUCGGAUGAACACUAUUUGCCAACAUUUUUCUAUAUGCUUGAUCCAGGUGGAAUAGCCAAUUGGUCAGUAACACAUGUUGAUUGGUCAGAAUUUAAGUGGCACCCAAAAUCAUACAAAUCGCAGGAUGUCACCAUGGAGCUUUUAAGAAAUAUCACAUCUAUCGCAGAAAGUUUGCAUGUAACAAGUGACAAAAAGAGACAAUCCAGGAUUACGCCAUGCUUGUGGAAUGGAGUCGAACGCCCAUGUUUUCUAUUUGCAAGGAAGUUCUUACCCGAAACACUGAAUAAGUUGCUACGCCUUUUCCCCAAUUAUACAUCUAUUGAGGCAGACUGACAGCCAACGAUAUGCAUUCUUUGGUCGAUUGCAUUCGACCCCAUUCAUCUCCAAUUCUGAUCUAGCUUCCUUUGUUGUAAAACAAGUUGUGCCGUGUCAAAGUGCAAGCGGAGCCACAGAAGAUGAAGAAAUAGCCAACCUCAGUAUGAUCAUUUUAUUCGAGCUAUUUAUUUUAUGUUUACAUUGUGAGGGACUUUGAGCUGCACUGUUGCGAUUUUCGUCCCUUUUUUUAUUUGAUUCCAAUUUGGUUUUCCUUCUUUUAAAGUCGGUAUUCCAAAAUGGGGAUGCCGUUGUGAUGUAAGAAACUUUCUAAUUGUUUCACACUACUACUUGGUUUAAAUGUCCAUAAAGUAAGUUGAGUAA